GCCAUGCGUCCAGUUGAGGUCGCCAGGAGUCCGCGCGGUGCAUUCUGGACCUGCAGACGGUGUACAGUGUAAACGACCCACUCAAGAUGGCGGCAGCUCCAUCCAUCCAGCCGCCGAUCGUCCACUCUUCUCUAGCCGGGGACAGCGCACCUUCCCCGGAGAUGGACAGCCCGGAGAGCCAGCCGCCGCCGCCGCAGCAGCAGCAGCCCGGGGAUGAGGAGCCUGCGGCGGCGUCAGCGCAGCCCCCCGACCCGGAGCUCAGCCUCCGUGACCUGCCGGACCUGGAGCCGGAGGAGAUCGAGAGGAGGCUCGCCAGAACCCGGCAGGAGCUGAGCAACAGGAGGAAGAUCCUCAUGAAGAACCUCCCGCCGGACACCACCAACCAGGAAGUCCAUGAGAUUCUGAAAGAAUAUGAACUGAAAUACUGCUUUGUGGACCGGAAUAAAGGCACAGCUUUUGUGACUUUGCUGAACGGGGACCAGGCUCAGGAUGCCAUCCGCUCCCUCCACCACAGCACUGUCCGCGGACGCCCCAUCAACGUGGCGCUGCAGCCCACCGACUCCCUGCUGUGCCUCACCAACCUGCCCCACACCUUCGCCGCCCAGCAGCUGGAGGAGAUGGUGCGCGCCUACGGGAACAUCGAGCGCUCCUUCCUGGUGUACAGCGAGCUGACGGGCCACUCCAAAGGAUACGGGUUUGUGGAAUACAUGAAGAAGGACUCGGCUUCGCGGGCCCGUUCUGAGCUGUUGGGACGACUUCUGGACGACCGCUCGCUGAUGGUUCAGUGGAUGGACGUCAACCAGCUGAGCCACGAGGAGAAGCUGCACUCCCGGUGUCUGUGUAUCAGCCGGCUGCCGCUCGACCUCUGUGACUCCGAGGAACUCACGCGGCUCUUCUCGGAAACCUACAAGCCCGUCUUCUGCCAGCUCGCUCAGGAUGAGAGCAGCCCGGUCCGAGGGUUCGGCGUGGUGGAGUACGAGAGCUCGGAGCAGGCGGAGGCGGUGCUGAUGGAGAUGGACCGGACCCCGGUUGGAGGACAGGAGGUCCGCCUGUCGCUCUGCACCCCCGGCACCUCGGGGAGAAGCACCCUGGCUGCGCUCAUCGCCGCCCAGGGUGUGAACAAGAAUUAUCAGAUUUUGAGUAACAGGAAAGGUCUGCUACCAGAACCCAACCUGGCCCAGCUGUUGACCAGUAUGACCAACCCGGCCGCCCUGCAGAUCCUCAUGAGGCCUCACCACGGCGGGAAGAGAGGAGGGAAGUACGGGCGUCACGGCGGCCUGUCGUUCCUCAGACCUCCGCUCACCACCGCUCUGCUCACGCUGGGAAAAGCUCACCAGGUCCCAAUAAAUAAAAACGCCAUGCUGGGUAACGGGCUGGUCCUCCAGAACCUGCUGCACAUGCAGCUCGCACAGCAGCAGCUUCUUCACAUCAAAGACAAACGCAUCAGCAGCUUCUCCAGUCUGCUCGGGGACCCGUCCAGGCUGCUGAUGCAGAAGGCUUUGGCCCUGCGGCAUCAGGGCCUCGUGACGCUGGGCAAAGGCCUCCUGGGAGACUCGCCGACAGAGCUGGGUCAGGACUCGGGUCCACCGGCUCCCCAUAACGCCACAAUGGCGGUAUCGGCGGCCGGCGGGAUGCCGUACCUCCACGGUCGCGGAGGAGGAGCGGGAGAACAAAAUGGCCGCCAUUCCAUCUCCACUAACCCUUCCUCCUCCUCCUCCUCCUCCUCCUGUGAGAGGCAGCCGGCUCCUCCUGGGACCAUGAUGGGCUCCUAUCUGCAGGGGCAUGGCUACUCCCUGGGGAUGAGUAACCCGGGCCUGGGGCCGCCUCCACCCAAACCCCCCGGAGGAGGUUAUACGUCAGUGGGCCAGCACAACGGCACCGAUGGCUUCAUGGUGAACGGUGGUCAGGGCUCUCUACUGGGCGAUCCUCCCAAAGAGGUCCGCCUGCCCUCCAAUCCUUACCUGAACCUGGCCAGUGUGAUGCCGGGCGUGGUUCUGCAAGGGUCAGCGGGGGGGAAAGUCCACGGAGGGCAGCCGGGCGGCCCCGGGAUGUACGGCAGCCUGGUAGCUCCCGUCGUCUCCCAGGGCUCCGCCUCCUUCUCCCACAGCGCGGCGGCGGCCACGACCACCGCCCAGUACGGCGCCGACACCUCCGCCGACUACAGCCAGUACAACCAGGCCUACACACAGGAGGCCGUGCAGCAGUGGUACCAGCACUAUCAAGCUCAAACUCAAGCUCACGCGUACGCCGCCGCCCCCCCGCCCGACCACACGGCCACCGACUACAGCAAGGAGCACGCGGCGCAGGCUCCUCCGGUUUCGCCCUACGGGGAUUACAGCUCCUACAUGCAGGCGGUCACUCAGUACUACGGUCAGCCUGCAGCGGCUAACCAGGCCUACGCCAGCAAGGAGGUAGAUGUGUGUAAGCCUCUAGGAGUCUCUCUGCAUGCGGUCAGUAAUGGCUCCGCCCCCCCACCGGCCGCCGCCGUGCACCCGGCCUACGGCGCCAUGCCUUUGAUGCCCGGCUUCCUCGGGGCGCCGCACCACCCGGCGGCGGCCACGCCGAGCGGCGCCGCCCACGCACACACCGCCGCCGCCGCCACGGACUGGAACACCUACUACUACAACCAGACGCGGGGCCACAAGAGGGAGUACCCUCAGCUGGCAGUGCAGGAAGUGACAUCAUCAGACGGCGCCUACAUCGGGCAGCACUCCCAGGGCCUGGGGGGGCAGUACGCGGACUACUUCAAGAGGAAGAGGCUCUAGUGGCCUCACAGCGCCCCCUGGUGGCCGGGAGCCUCAUGCACACACAGCGCCCUCUAGUGGCCUUUCUGUGGCUGCCAUGUUGCAUACCUUGCGUAGGUACUGAGUUUUAAUAGAAUUUAGGGGUUGCAUAUGGCUCAAAUGAAAGCCAUAGUGUUCUUCGAUCCUGAACACACGCACACACACACACACACACACACACACACACACACACACACACACAGCGUUGCUUUUGUCCUGUUCAAGCCUUAACUCUUUAACUUAAACUUGUUGUUUCUCAGUCGACGUGUCAACCGUAAUCAAAUUAAUAUUAUCUUACGACUUUUUUUCUAUUCUAAUGUUUAAUUAAAUGAAACUGUAUCUGUCGUACCCGCAGCCGAGGUGACCUGUCUCACAGCCGGGUGUCUGACUCUCUACUCACGCUUCAGUGUCUUCUCUCUUUCCCCGGUACCGCCCGGGCUUCUUUUAUAGAGUAGUGCGUGUGUGUGUGUGUGCGUGUGUAUAUAUAUAUGUAUGCAGGUAUGUCUGUGUGUGUGUUGUUUCUGUAGGAAGUGUCAGCCAUUUCAAUCCCAAAGGAUUUGGGAGCACAUCAGGUACAAAAAGGGCCUGAACCAAUCACAGCCCUCGAUUGCGGUGACUUUACAAAAGCUUCCCCUGGAUGCUGUGACCACAGCGCGUGAUACAGAAUAUAUAUAAAGCCAUGCGUAUCAGACAAUAUUACAUUUAAUGGACCUUCCCCGGCUCUAAUAUGAGUGUCAGAUUUUUGUAUUAUCUGUUGUUCUAUACUGUUCUAUAUAUAUAUUUGUUGUAUAAUAUAAUAAUAUUCCAAGGCAAUUUUAUUAAUAUUGAAUUAAAUUGUGUUGACUUAUAGGGUAGUUCGGUGGUUUGGUUUUUAACAUUUUAAGCCAAAUAUUAGAGGCACAGUUCGUUAUCUUCUCUCUGUCUGUUGUAAGCUUUACUUCCAUUUCCAAAAUAUAUAU